AUGAACAAUAUCUCAGUGGUGGCAGAAUUUGUUCUCUUGGGUUUUUCAGGCCCAUGGAAGCUUCAGUUCUUGCAAUCUGGGACCUUUGUAGUGAUCUACCUGAUGGCCUUCAUGGGGAAUGGCCUCAUUAUCACCACAGCAUCAUUGGAUCCCUGCAUGCACACACCCAUGUACUUCUUAAAGAAUCUGUCCCUUUUUGAUAUCCUCAUUUCUGCCAUUGUGCCCAAAACUUUUGCCAACUCCUUGACCCACAUUAACUCCAUCUCAUUCCCCGGCUGUGUCACGCAGGUCUUCCUGGUGCCUUUUGCCGCAGGGGCAGAGCUGUUCCUGCUCACAGCGAUGUCCAUCGACCGCUAUGCUGCCAUCUGCCAUCCUCUGCACUAUGAGCUCAUCAUGAACAGGGGCCGGUGUGUGCACAUGGUGGCUCUGUCCUGGCUCAGCAGUGGCCUGAUAUCCAUUGCACAUACAGCAGGAACCUUUUCCCUAACUUACUGUGGGCCCAAUGAAGUCCAGCAAUUCUUCUGUGACAUUCCCCAGUUGUUAGCUAUUACUUGCUCAGAGAAUGUAACAGUGGAAAUUGUGAUCAUUCUUACUGAUGCAGUCCUGGACUUAUGUUGCUUUAUCUGCAUCAUAGUCUCAUACAUCUACAUCUUCUCCACUGUUAGAAAGAUUCCAUCUACGGAAGGGCAGUCAAAAGCCUAUUCCACCUGCCUCCCACACCUGGUAGUAGUUGUUCUUUUUCUCUCAACUGCUUUCAUUGCUUACCUGAAACCUAUCUUAGGGUCUACAUCAGUCACUGAUCAUGUUCUAUCAUCUUUCUAUAUUUUGUUGCCUCCUUCCCUUAGUCCCAUCAUAUACAGCCUAAGAAACAAAGCCACGAGAGCUAGUUUGGAGAAGCUGAUCACUAAGAAGCUCUGGGUGAAAAGAAUAUCAUUUUUCUCUAAGAAUAAAUGCAUUGUAUUCUUAAUAUUUGUGUAA